AUUCGUCACUUCCGUAUUCCAGUUAUUCAGGCGGGCUACUCGAAAAACAGAUUAAAAUUGUUUUCGUGCUGAUUAAUUUAACGCUCAAAACUCAAAGUUACACGAUAUUUUUAAGAGUAAGUUUGCACGACAACAUAGAAAAACGUUUUGUUAAGCUGUUUUAUAACAUAAAUAUUCAGUUUAUUGACAAAUGGCUAAUAAGUCGCAGCGAUAGACUAACUUGAAAGAAUGGACAGACCAUCAAGAAAGACAAAAAGUGUGAAUUACUGUGAGUUCAAGGACUUUGAAGAUGAUGAUGAGGAUUUUGCUAAGAAACCACCUUGUAAAAGGGCUAAAGAAGCAGUGAAACAACAAAAAUGCAUUUCUAGUCAAGAGUUCAACUCAAGAUCACUAAUAAGUCAAAAGAGCAGAAAAUCUGUGGAUGCAAAAAUCCUUGAACGAGAUCUAGAAGCAGCCAUUUCUCUUUCCUUGCUAAACCCAUCAUGUGAAACAUCAACUCCGUCAUCAGUUUUACAAGAGUUUUCAUUUGUCCGAACUCCAGUAGAUGAGAACACGGAACCGUCAUGUUUAUCACCACAUCUAUCCAACUGCAGUGUAGACACCAUGCGUCUAGGUCUGGACCAAAUAACAUCAGACUCAAAUGCACCAUCAAAAGAAAUGAAAGAGGCUUCUGACUUGAAGAGAAGUAAAGAGAAAACACAAGAUGAUGAUUAUCAGCCCUGUGUUGCUUCAGACUCAGAAAGUGACAAUGAUUACAGUGAACAUGACAGUGAAGAUGAGGAAUUUACUGUUAAAAAGGCAAGCAAGACUAAAAAGGGGGAAAUAACCAAGAAAGGAAAAGCCAAACAACCGCCAUCUACUAAAAAAGACAAGCAGCCACAAAAGUCAAAAGUUCCCUACACCCCAACAAGGACUCCCCUCACCAACAAAAACUCAUCCGACCUCUCGAGAUCAGCCUCCUCGAAGGCAGCGAAAUCUGCUAUAUGCCUGAGUCCAGCCACAAGCAGGGUACCAAAGUGGAACCCGCCAGGCCAAAUUGGUAAAAGUCCUCCAUCAAGCAGUCCUUCUGUGAUAUCUCCAGGUCAGGGUCUGCGCCUGGGACUGUCCCGUCUGGUUCGAGUUAAGCCACUUCACCCCAGUGUUGCAAGUAAUUGACCAUUUUCUCUUUACAUGUUUUCUGGCUGUUUUUCCAUAAAGACUGCCUUGUGAUGUACACACAUCCUUAGGAGACACAGUUUGUGUUU